AUGGUGUUCCCAGGACGGUUCAGCACAGGAUGCAUGCGCUGUCGUCAGCGCAAGGUCAAGUGUGAUGAAGGCAAGCCAUCCUGCCGGAGAUGCUACAUCUAUGGCAAGGAGUGUCCGGGCUACACCGACCAGUUCCAUUUCCGCCACGAACUCACAGCUUCAAGCUUCAAAAAGUCAGCGACGACGCAGCGGCGAAAGAACUCUCCAAUUUCGACCGCUUCGGUGAAAUUAACAAAUUCCAACAAGAAGAAAGUGGAGAAGGAUAGCAGCACGAGCACCUCGAAGGGCAGCCCCUCCUCAGCAUGCGUACCAGUCUGGUCGCCGACGACGCCAGUAGCCACAACGUUGAGCAUUUCGACGGAUGACAUAUCCUUGUGUUACUUUGUGCAUCGAUUCGUAACCCCCGCCGGCCUGGAUGGGUUCCCAGGACACUUGACCUUCCUGCCCACCUUGUAUGACAAGCAUCAGGACGAUGGUGGCGUGCUGGAGCUGGCAACCAAAAGUGUCGCCAAGAUGGCAGUGUACAACAAAUUCGGCGGCGAUGAUUUCCGAUUCCAAUCGUACCAAGCAUACGGAAAGGCGAUCCGGAGCUUACAGAACGCCAUCCAGGACGAGACGCAGGUGAUGGACGACAAGGUGCUCGCGGCCGUGUUGCUGCUGUGCACGCUCAAGGACGUGAGUGGUGAAGGGGUGGGGGACCCGAGCGAGCAUGCUGCAGGACUGUACUAUCUGUUGGAGCGGCGAGGCGUAGAGCAGUUGGCGACGCGUAGAGGUGUCGAGCUGUUCCUACUGUCUCUCAUACGCUUGCAAGUAUACUCGUUCCUUCGAGAAGAUGACACAUACAGCGACCCGGGAGGUUUGACGUCUGCACUCGGGGCUUUCGAUCCUCUUAUCCGCGCAAUGUUCAUGAUGACCAGAGUUCUGUCUCUUAGAAACACCCUUUCCAAGUACGUGCCCAUGGGUAUCCUGCCUGGCCAGCCGUGGAAGCAACCUGUCCUGGACAUAAACGACGAGGGCCACGAGACCGUUAUUCAAGAAUGUCUCCAUGCCCUGCAGGACUUUGACACGUGGGACAUGGAAGCUGCAUCGUACUGGCAGAACACCUUUCAAGGCCGCACGCUCCCGACUCGCCUCGGCGAAGUGGGGACGAGCAUGACCUAUUGCGAUCAGCAGACCGCUUGUACAAUCAUCCUGAUCCGCUCCGCACGGUUGAUUCUGGUGCUCAGCUUACUCAUCUACCACGAUCUUGCCACUGUUCCCGUGGGCAACCUAGAGGCAUGGGUGCAGUGGGUGCCUGUACUGCAAAAUGACCUUCAUUGUACCAUUGACGACAUUCUUGCUUGUGUGCCCUUCGCACUGGGAGACGUGGAUCAGGAUGGGAAACCGAGAACCAUGAGCUAUGACGGGGCGGGGGCCAUCAUCAUCAUUCAGCCGUUGCGACUGGUCACAUGGUGUAUCUACGCGAAGCCUGAGCAACACCAGAUCGCGCGGAACAUUCUGGGACGCAUCAACGCCGCCAUAGGCAUCCGAGCAGCUGUCUCAUGGCAUAACGCAGCCCUGCACAGUGAUGGAGAGCAACUGGCCGAGUGGCAGCCAGACGUGUGUGAGGGCAAAGGUGGCUGGACUAGGGAGGUUACUUUUGUAUCUGAGUUGUCUUGA